ACGUACUUAAUAGCAAUAUCAAUCUCUGACCGUCUUAUUAACGCCGUUUUUGCCGCCACCCACCGACCCGGAGUCAUAAAAACCGAAAAAAGCUUGUGAUCGAGUGACUAUUCUCAGUUCUUACUCAGCUCAAUAUAUGAUUAUAUAAAACGCACAUGAAAUAUAUAUAUAUAUAUAUAUAUACUCCUAUGCAGAACACGCACACACAUAAACAAAUAUAUCGAUACUGUGAGUAUAAUAAGAUAAGGUGCAGUGUCUAACGAUAAAGAAGAAAGCAUCGGUUUUCGUGACCGUUAAAAUCGCCUUGGUAGGUUGCGCUUCUCAAGCUUGGUCGGCCAACGCUGGCGUGUCGCCUCGUCAUGUGCACAAAAAACGAGGGUGAUGAGUGAAUGAGAGAGUAAUAUUUGAGGUUACUAAAAGAAGGUAUAUAUUUAUAUCAGCAAUCAGAAGGGAAUGGAGAGCGGUUUCAAGAGCCAGAUGACUUCUCAUGGAUCAGAAGAUGUGUCUCUCAUGGAAAUGGGAUCUGGGCAUUUUGGGUGUUCACAUUACAGAAGGAGGUGCAAGAUUAUAGCCCCUUGUUGUGAUGAGAUAUUCGACUGCAGGCAUUGCCACAACGAAUCAAAGAAUUCACUAGAAGUUGAUCCCCUCAGUAGGCAUGACAUUCCUCGUCAUGAAUUGAAAAGGGUCAUCUGCUCGUUGUGUAACACAGAACAAGAUGUUCGACAAAAGUGUAUUUGUUGUGGGGUUUGCAUGGGGAAGUAUUAUUGUUCGAAAUGCAAGUUCUUUGAUGACGAUGUUUCAAAGAAGCAAUAUCACUGUGAUAAAUGUGGAAUUUGCAGAACUGGAGGGGAAGACAAUUUUUUUCAUUGUAAUAGAUGCGGAUGCUGCUAUUCAAGGUUGUUGAAGGAUUCACACAUUUGCGUGGAAAGAGCUAUGCAUCAUAACUGCCCUGUUUGUUUUGAGUAUAUUUUUGAUACAACCAGGGACAUUACUGUCUUGCCAUGUGGGCACACUAUUCAUUUGGAAUGUGUUAAGCAGAUGGAGCAACAUUUCCAGUAUUCAUGCCCUGUUUGCUCAAAAUCGUACUGUGAUAUGUCCCGUGUGUGGCAAAGCCUUGAUCAGGAGGUUGCUUCAACAACCAUGCCUCAAAUAUACCAAAAUAAGAUGGUUUGGAUCCUCUGUAAUGACUGUGGGGAAACAUCUGAGGUAAAUUUUCACAUUGUGGCACACAAGUGCCUAAAAUGCAACUCCUACAAUACGAGGCAGACACAAGGUGGACCUGCCUCAUGCUCAUCGGGAAUCACACAGAUGGUGAGAUGAUUGGGUUCUUUCCCAAUACUUCCGAAAGACUUUCUAAUUCGCGGUAGCUUGUUUUUGACAAGCAGUAGUGCAUUACCAAGCGGGGAAUUUUAUUGGCACAAGGAGCAGGAAGGGAUGGAAGAUCCAUUCCUUCAUUCUGUUCUGAUUGCGUUAGGAAUCUCACUUGAUUACUCAUUCUUGGGCUCUCAUCUGUAUUCCCAUUACUACUAGAUACAAGCUAGGCUAAUUAUUGUCUGGAAGAACACAAGUCCACUGUACUAUGCUUAGAUUGAUUGGUAUGAAAUUGGAAAUUUGUUUUUCCUCAGAAAUGUGUCACUUUUUGAUGGUCUUGAGACAGAUUUUGAUGUUUGGCUUCAUGGUUUUCUUGAAACAAAUUUAGGUUAUCCAGGAGACAAAUUCAACCAUGAACAAUGCACAGGCUGCACAGCACUAGUGUAGCUUGUUCUCCAGGUUGACGGACUGUUAGUUUUGGGGAUAUUGUCCUUGAAACAGCUUGAGGUUGUGGCUCGAAUUUUGUUUCGGCAUUGACCCGGUUAUGACCCGAAAGAACCCGCUCUCUUGCGGGUUGAGGACCAGGGCUACUCUUGUAACAGAGUCUAUAAGGGUAUUAAAAAGGAUUUGUGGUAUGGUUUGAUAGAACAAGGGUUUGGGAGUUGAAACUUGUAAUAUUGAAACUUGUAAUAUCUUAUUUUUGGCAUAGUAAAGUCCUUCACUGUACUUCAUCCCAA